AUGAACGCCCAGGCCGGGACUGGAAGCGGCGCAUCAGCUUCGGCGCCCACCUCUUCCCCGCUCUCCGCCUUCCCCCGGCUGCCUCCGCUUCCCUCGAAAAACCCGCCGCCCAGGAAACCGCUGGGGGCGCUCAGACCGCAGCCCUGCCGCCCCCCGGCGCCCCCACCGCGACCGCCCAACCCACCUGAAGGAGCCGUGGCUGCCAGGGUUGCCCCCCUCCCGCCGACUCCCCCCACACCUGCGGGCUGCACUAUUUAUAACUCGGCGCCUAUUCCGGGCCUCUGGGCGGGAGCCCGGUGUCGCGCAGCGCUAAUCGUCGCCGGGAUCUCUGCGCCCCCCAGGGCCGGGGGAGAUAAAUUUAGCCUCAGGAAGCUCGGGGGAACAUUUUCCAAAACUCCACGUCCCAGAGAAGGCGAAACUGAACCCCUCUGCCCUCAGCCUCCUCCGGACAGCCACCAGGUGGCGCAGGUCCCCCGGCUCGAGAAGCCGGGUCGCUGCUUUGAAGCUGGGCUUCUGCACACCACUGACGGUCUUAUAUUCGACGUAAUCAGCUGGGAAUCCUGGAUAUCAGGCCGCUCCUCCGCAUGCUGUCGUACUUGGGGGUCACUUCCAGUUCUGCCUGGUCUCCUUCCCUGUUUUACCCCGCCCAGUCCCCUACCCCUUGUGGCCACUAGAGGGCUCCGGGGCGCCGAAGGGACCUUCUCACUGCUGUGCCCUGGGGCUCUGAAGGCACCAGGCAAGAACACUGACCUGCAUUUUGUGGAUGUCUAAAGAGGGGCUGCCAGGGAUAAGAAAUAACCUUAAGUUGGAGUACUAUAGAGUACCAUACUGCUGUACAAAAGAAUGGGCAGGCUCUAAAUAUACUGAUGUGGACUCCUGUACGAGGUAUGUGAAGGGAAGAUAGCAAGGUACAGAACAGGGUAUAGAGUAUGUUAUUAACUAGAAGUAUAAGUAUAUGUAAGUGCAGCCACUUCUCCCUACUGCUAUUGCUGUAAGCCUGCUCUGAGCCACCAACAUGUCUGGCCCUGACUGUGCCCAUGACCUCCUAAAAGGUCUCUACUAUCCUACCCUUGGUCCUCUAAAGUCUAUUCUCAACCCAGCAGCCAGUGUGAGCCUUUUAAAUAAAAAAUCAGUUUAUGCUCAAAUGCCUGCAACAGUUCCUCAUUUUACUCAGCAUAAAAUCUCAAGUUCUUACCAUGGCCUACUAGGCCUGCCUCCACUCCCAUCCUUAGCUUGACUUUCUCUUUUUCUAUAGAACCUAUCACCUAGUAACAUCAAUGUACUUAUUUUUUAAUGUUUAUAUUUUAUUUUCUGUCUCUACCCACCAGAAUGUAAACUCCAUGAAUACAGGGAUCUAUUUUGUUCACUGCUGUAUUCAAAUCAGCCAGAUUGGCAUAUAGCAGAUGCUCAAUAAUAUUUGUUAAAUGAAAGAAUAAAUGUUUUGCUAUUUGCAAAAACAUGGAUGAACCUGGAAGGUAUUAUGCUUAAUGAAUAAGUCAGAGAAAUACAAAUACUGUAUGUUAUCACUUACAUGUGGAAUCUAAAAAAUAAGUGAAUGAAUAUAACAAAACAGAAUGGACUCACAGAUAUAGAGAACAAGCUAGUGGUUACUAGUGGAGAGUGAAGGGGGAGGGGCAAGACAGAGGUAGGGGAUUAAGAGGUACAAACUACUGUGUAUAAAAUAAAUAAGUUACAAGAAUAUAUUGUAUAGCACAGGGAAUAUAGCCAAUAUUUUAUAAUAACUUUAAAUGGAGUAUAAUCUGUAAAAAUUUUGAAUCACUGUGUUGUACACCAGAAACUAAUAUAAUACUGUAAAUCAACUAUACUUCAAUUAAAAUAAAAAACUAAAAAAAAAAAAGAAUGAAUGACGAUGCAGUAUAUGCAUAGACUAUCUCUGGAAUGCUGUCCAAGAUACUGGUCACCAUGGUUACCUCCAGGCAGGAGAGCUGGGGGAUAGGUGUGGGAGGGAGAUAAUUUUUACUAUCAGAGUUUAUUAGGCAUAUAUUAC